AUAUCCCAUCCUUCAGCUACUAAUGGGCUAGCAAAUGUUUAACAUGGGCUAGCAAAUGUUCAAUGUGCCUAGGAAAGCCACGAGCCUAGAAAACUAGCCUUUGCAAAAUAACAUUGAUUUGUCUUGCACAGAAAUGCAAAUGCAUCCAAAAAAUGCUACAUCUAGUAAGUUCUUCUUAAACAGGAAUGCAGGCUCAAGUCUAGAUUUUUUAAAACCAGUUGUUCAUGCUCGAUAAUGUCAGCAUAUGACUUAGUGGCUGUUAAAUGGUUUUGCUACAGGCAAACGUGUUAGCUAAAGGCUAUAGAACUAAUGCCAAACAAGGCUAUUUUUUGAAACAGUGUCCCUGUUAUGUACCACUAAUGUGGAACAUGGAACAUGGAGAUGGCACAUAGUCCAGGAGAGAAGUGCUAACCAGCCUGAUGGCCUACAACCCAUUGCCAGGCAGGCAUGUAACUCUUGAAGAAAAAGAUGCUGUCGAAUUACCAGACAUAAAAAACAUUGGUUUGUACCCUGACCAAAGAAAGACAGAUUACUACUAGCAGACACCAAGACCAGUGACUAACUAGUCAUUCUAGCAGAAGGGCAGAUACCACCACUCAAGAACAGAGGGAUGUCAGACCCUUUCCUAGAUGUAGAGCUGUCUUCUCCUGACUGUGGGAUUUUCUCUGUACCUGGGAAACGUGUUUCCCCAUGAAAUGGACUAUUUGCGUUGUGCAGCAGGUUCUUGCAUUCCUUCAGCAGUUGUAUGUUUUGCUAUAGCAAAAAACAAGAUAAGCGUGAUUUCUAGCUUUCAGAUUAUCUUUGUUUCAACAUUUGCUGUCACAACAACCUGUCUGAUAUGGUUUGGAUGCAAGCUUGUCCUGAACCCAUCUGCUAUAAAUAUAAAUUUUAAUUUGAUUUUGCUUAUCCUCUUGGAAGUCUUCAUGGCAGCUGCAGUGAUAAUGUCAGCCAGAUCUAAAGAGGAUUGCUUUAAAAAGAAAAAGGUCGCAGCAAACAGUGACAUCAGUCAUGCCAAAAGUAUAACCUUCCCAACACGUCUCCUAAAAUCGUAUUCAGUAAUUGAAGUGAUUGUUGGAAUUGCAUCAGUUUUUGGAGGUAUUAUUGCUGUGAACAUGGAAGUAUUUCUCUCUGGUCCUUACGUUUCUGUAACUUUCUUUUGGAUUUUAGUUGCUUGUUUCCCAAGUGCUGUUGCCAGCCACGUAGCAGCUGAAUGUCCAAGUAAAUGCCUCGUAGAAGUUAUCAUUGCCAUAAGCAGCAUUACAUCUCCAUUACUAUUUACUGCCACUGGAUAUCUGUCUUGCAGUAUUAUGCGAUUUGUAGACAUCUUCAGAAAAUAUCCCUCGGCUGCUAAACAGUCGUACGAUGUCCUUAUGCUGCUUUUGAUGGUCUCUUUGAUGAUUCAGUCAUUUCUUACUUUGGCUACUGUCAUCCAUUGUGUGAUCUUCAAGAUGCAAGUGAAACAGCAUGAAGCAGUGUGGGAAGUUUCACAGUUUACCAGACAUGAACCAAAGACAAUGGAGGUGGCUAAUGGAACCAUGAAGGAGUUUGACAAGGAUAAGGCAUGGAAAGCUGUGGUGGUACAGAUGGCUCAAUAAGAGUGUAAAAUAGGUUUGAAACUGGACAGCGCAGUUUGGAUUAUGAUGGAUAGUCCUUUAGUAACUGCAACAGAGAUUGACCGCACAGAACAGGACAGAAGUCCCUUUACUAUGCUUAUGGCAGGUGCUAGUGAGGAUAAUAUGCAAUGUAUUCACAAGACCAUAAUUCAGCCUAGAGACAAUAUCUCUAUAGUGUUUGUUAUGUGAACUAACAUUAUUUUGAUAAGUAAACUAUGUAUAGUGAAAGUGCUAUAUAGUAAAGAAAUUAUAUAUAUUGUAUUUUAUAUUAUACAUAUAUUUUAGUUGUAGACCACUGCCACAAAACUUAUAUGUCCUUUGGAUUUCACUGCAUAACAGUAUCCUGUGUAAAAUUAAGUAUUUUGCAUAGUUUAUGUCAGAAUAUUAUUAAUCAUAAUUGAGUUUACUUGCCUUUUACUUUUGUGUAUACAAAAUGGUUUGCAUGCCUUUGGUUGAUUGUAAAAUGUAAAAUUCCUAUGAACUGCGCAUUAAGUACUGUCAUUGUUUUCAAAAGAAGUAAUUUGUUGCUUCCUGCUAAGCUAUUUACCUUUAGGACGCAAUUAUCAGGACUUUCCCCUUACACAAGAACUGUAAGGGUUGUGACUCAGAAUACACAAAGAACAAGAAUGUGUCUAAACAUUGUGAUUACAAACACAAUUCUCAUUUAUUUUUCUGGACUUUACUCUGAAGCCUCCUCACAGAAGUAUAAAAUGGUAGGUGCUGAAAUACAACAGAUCAUUUACAGCUGCGUUGAUUUUAAAUAAUAUUGAAUAAUGGAGAAACUUCACACGAGUGAGCACUGUCUAAAGAGGAGACUUUGUCUAAGCUGACACUCGGUAAAGAAGCCCUAAUUUGUAGCAUGUCAUGGACCUUACUAGCAACCCAUUUGCAGAAACAUAAAUUGCCGAUUAAAUUGCAAGAGCUUUUCUUUUAAACUCUGGAUAUGCAUUUCCUCACAUAGAAAAUUAUUUAUGCUACCUUGCUAAUAAAGUGCCAAUAUAAAGAAUGGUGUUGAAAAAACUUACUUAAGGCUUUCCACCCAAACAUUAUUUUCCAUAAAUUGAAACAGAAAAAUCUUACUCCAGGCUUUUAACCCUGCAUUGUUUUCCAUAAAUUGUACAGUGAUUUAAUUGCUCUAAACCGUUGCUUUUGAAUUCUCAUGAAUGGGUUAUUUGACUGUUGAAAUCCUUUUACUACUCAUCCAGGCUUUUCACCUACAUGGCCUUAUUAGUGGUCCUCCUGCGUUUGAUGUUGUUUCCUCUUCAUCGACUGGCCAGUAGUAAUAAAAAUUUGAGACCGCAGCAGUUACCUGUCAUUGAAGAAAUUUAGUUUAAACUUAUAUUUUGAUGGAUUCUACAGAGUUAUCUCUACUUUUAGAGAUAUAUCAGUAUAGGUUUCUGUGAUUACAUAUAACAAUUCUGGGUUAUUCUGAUACUUAAUAGUUUAUAACAAUUAACAAUCUAGUUACUUUAGCUUAUUAGGUACUUGGUGUAAAUAUUUAGAUGGUUUCAGUUUUGUUUGCUGUUUAGGUUAAUUAGUAUUGCAACUUCUGUUUGAAUGUAUUCAGUCUAUUCAGUAUUAUAUAUGUAUGUUGUUAAAAGUCUGAAUAAAAAAGUUAAAAAGUAA